AUGAAAUAUAUUAAACAGAAAAAUCAAGCCAAAUUUAAGAUAAAUGUGAAUAAAUUAUUGACAAAACAACUUGAAGAAAUUGAAGAUGCAUUAGGAAAUGAAGUUUAUUUUAUUUCUUUAAAAGCGAAUCGAAAACAAAUUGAAUAUUCAAAUGAUUUUAACGAAGAACGAGCAUAUUCAUCACAAGAAAUUGUAUUGACGAAAAUAAAAACACUUGAAAAUCAAGUUCAAUCUGUGCAAAAUCAACAAAGUAAUAUGUUUCGAUAUUUGGAAUGUUUAAUGUAUGGAAUGAAAAAAAUUGGUGGUGAUGAUAUUGAAAUGCCUCAACUACAUCAAGAUGAUUUUGAACUCAUAUGUAAAUAG